CAUUCGUAUUUAUAUAUCUCGUUUGGGUUCAUAAACGCAACGACGCGUUUUCGUUGACGACACCCCGGAACCUUAUAUUGAAGUUUUUUUUUUUUUUUUUUUGUAUUAUUAAACGUUAGGUUUGGCAAUGGCGGAGGUAGCAGCUGCAGCCGUUGGAGCUGGUCCCCAUGUAAACACAGCUGGAAGUCCGACAGAAAACGCCAUGGCGUAUUUACAAGACGAGAAGACUGAUGGAGACAUCGCAAACCUCAACCUGGGAGAACUGGACAUCACCACCGAUGAGUUUAUCUUGGAUGAAGUGGACAUUCACAUCCAGGCCAAUCUGGAAGAUGAUCUCGUGAAGGAGGCGCUCAAAACGGGCGUUGACCUCCGUCAGUACUCCAAACAGGUGGAGUCGGAGCUGCAGAGGAUCGAACAGGCCUCCAUCAAAGACUACAUCAAGGAGAGUCAGAACAUCGCUCUCCUGCACAACCAGAUCACCGCCUGUGACUCCAUACUGGAGCGCAUGGAGGGCAUGCUGAGCGGCUUCCAGAGCGACCUGUCCUCCAUCAGCAGCGAGAUCCAGACUCUGCAGCAGCAGUCGGUCAGCAUGAACGUCCGGCUGAAGAACAGGCAGGCGGUGCGCAGCCACCUCAGCCAGCUGGUGGACGAGCUGGUCGUGCCCGGAGUCAUGAUCUCCACCAUCCUGGACAGCCCUGUGACGGAGCAGGAGUUUCUGGAGCAGCUCCACGAGCUCAACAACAAGAUCAACUUCGCCAAAGAGCUGAGCUUCAGAGAGACGCUGGCCUGCUCCGACAUCCAGGACAUCGUCGACCGCCUCAAACUCAAGGCGGUGUCAAAGAUCCGAGAGUUCAUUCUUCAGAAGAUCUACUCGUUCAGGAAGCCGAUGACAAACUACCAGAUCCCGCAGAACACUCUGCUGAAGUACAGAUUUUUCUACCAGUUCCUUUUGGCCAAUGAGAGAACGGUUGCAAAGGAGAUCAGAGACGAGUACGUGGACACGAUGAGCAAGAUUUACUACAGUUACUUCAAGUCGUACAGCAGCCGGCUGCUCAAAGUGCAGUACGAGGAGGUUGCAGACAAAGAUGACCUGAUGGGAGUAGAAGACACAGCCAAGAAAAGUUUCUUCUCCAAACCGUCUCUGAAGAGCAGGAACACCAUCUUCACUCUGGGCCAGAGGGGGGGCAUCCUGAGUCCCGCGGAGCUGGAGGGGCCCAUCCUGGUCCCACAUACCGCUCAGAGAGGAGACAGCAGGUAUCCCUACGAGACGCUGUUCCGCAGCCAGCACUACGCUCUGCUGGACAACGGCUGCAGGGAGUACCUCUUCCUCUCCGACUUCUUCAUGGUGACGGGAAACUCCGCCCUCGACCUCUUCAACAGCAUCAUGGGGAAGACUCUCAGCAUGUUCCUGAAGAGUAUGUCCACGUACGUGUCCGACUGCUACGACAGCAUCGCCGUCUUCCUCUGCAUCCACAUCAUCCUCCGGUUCCGAGCCAUCACCGCCAAGAGGACCAUCCCCGCUCUCGACAAGUACUGGGAGGCCGUGUUGGAGCUGCUGUGGCCGAGGUUCGAACUGAUUCUGGAGAUGAACAUCCACAGCAUCAGGAACACAGACCCUCAAAAACUAGGAGUACUGGACACCAGACCACACUAUAUCACUCGUCGCUACGCGGAGUUCUCGUCAGCCAUCGUCAGCAUCAAUCAGACGUUUCCCAACGAGAGAACCCACGCUCUGCUUGGGCAGCUGCAGGUCGAGGUGGAAAACUUUGUGCUAAAGAUGGCGGCAGAGUUCCCCUCCCGAAGAGACCAGCUCAUCUUCCUCAUCAACAACUACGACAUGUUGCUCAGCGUCCUCAUGGAGAGGGCAGCAGAUGACAGUAAAGAGGUGGAAGGUUUCCAACAGCUGCUCCUGGCCAGGACUCAGGAGUUUAUUGAGGAGAUUCUGUCUCCCCCCUUCGGAGGGAUGAUCGCCUUCGUGAAGGAGGCCGAGGCUUUGAUGGAGAAAGGGCAGCUGGACCGACUAAAGAACGAAGAAGCUCGUAUCACUCAGCUGGUUCGCGGGUUUUCCAGCACGUGGAAGCAGUCGGUGGAGUCGAUGAGUCAGGACGUCAUGAGGUCCUUCACCAACUUCAAAAAUGGAACCAGCAUCAUACAGGGCGCUCUGACCCAGCUGAUCCAGUACUACCACGGCUUCCACAAAGUCCUGAACCAGCCGACGUUCCGCAGCCUGGCCGUUCGCUCGGAGCUCAUCAACCUGCACCACCUCAUGGUGGAGGUGAAGAAGCACAAACCCAACUUCUGAAGGGGCUCUGUCAGCGGGGAACUCCUCCGCUAAAGGAUCGACAAAACCAGACUGGCUGUUUUUGAAACAUCAGCAUAAUACCUGGAGGUGUUGAUUCCUUGCAGGUUUCCCCUCCUCCCCUCCCUCCCUCCCUCCCUCCCUCCCAUCUGAAGAACGUGAGUCAUACUGUACAUUUAUUUUGGGAGGCGUUAAUAAAGCAGACAUUUUCCAUCCAUCUGAAGAACAAGUCGUAUCAUAGAUCAGUUAGUGUCUGCACAGAGACACAGGCUGGAUAUGAACCAAGUCAUUUUCAAUGUUUGUAUUUUAUUUCACUUUACGUCACUCAUCAAAGGUGCUGAAAAGUAGGUGGGGGGAGGGGGCAGAUAUCCAUAAUAAUAAUCGAGCCGUAGAGCCACUGCUUGUCUGUAAAAAAUGUUUUAAUUUAAUAUUGUAAAAUUGAAGUUAUGAUCCUGAAGAUUUUGGUCACGGUUGGUUUGGGGCGCCGGUGGUCUCCGGUGGGAACUGCAGGUGUGUGCUCAUGGAUAUAUUCUAAAACCUGGAUGCAGCGUUGGAGGCGGAGCCCCGUUAAAUCCUAUGAGUGUUACUCUGUGGCGCAUGAAUCCAAAAAAGUUCUACUGCAGCGUAAACAGUUACCCGGAUGAUCGGCGCUGCUGCCUGCGGCCCGUAAAGCAGGCGCACUAUAGACGUAGCACUCCACUUACUUGAAUGGGGAUUGAAUGAUUUAAUCGCGCGGCCCCUUCUAGUGUUUUCAAAUGUCAUCGGACCAAAUGGAUCCAAUUCGAAUAGUAAAACGAGUUAUUUCGCUUUUGUUGUGACGCUCAAAAAUAUGCCUCCGCUGAUUCACAGACGUCAAAAAAGUCUGUGAGGCUGAUAUCAGUGAGAUCAAAUUACACACAGAAACACUGGAUUAUGUUCCUAUUUACGUGAGGGCAAUCUGAAUCCAGCACAGGAACGAAUGGCAGACCCCGCCACUAACGGUGAAAACUGCACUGUACUGUAUAGAGAGAGAGGUAUUUACGUUAAACAGCCCUGCCAUAAAUAGUGAUUAAAAUCUUACGGAUUAUAUCUUUUAAAAAAUGAAAUGUACUGGUGUAAAAUGUUCCUGUUUUUAUGAUGAAAAUAUAAAAACAAGGAGUUUAGUAAAGCGACAUAAAACAACUUGUAAAUCGGCCGAAA